AUGAGUCUCCAGAACCGGACCAUCUUGGUCACUGGUGGCGGCCGCGGGAUCGGCUUUGCGAUAUGCAAGGCGAUCGCACAGAUGGGAGGCAAUGUCGCUGUGAUUGAUACUCUCGAAAAGCCCGCGAACGAGUUCCACACAUUGAAGGAACGAUUCGGCGUCGAAGCUUUUUACUUCCGUGGAGAUGUCACCAAGCAAGACUCCCUAGAGCAAGCAUUCGAAGGCACCGUGCAAUCGGCGGGAGAGAUCAACGGCUGCGUCACGGCAGCAGGAAUCGUCAUCGACAAGCCAUUCUUCGAUCAUGGCUGGGAGGAAUGCAUGCGAGUUCUCGCUAUCAAUGUGAUGGGCACGUUCUGGACUGCGAAGCUGGUCUCGCAGCACAUGGCAAACCACGGCAAAGGUGGAAGUCUGGUCAUGAUCGCCAGUGUCGCGGCGCAAGGCAUCAAGAUUCCACAGCAACAGAUCUCUUUGUACAACAUGUCGAAGGCUGGAGUCAAAGGCCUCGUUGGUCCACUCUCGGUGGAAAUGGCUGUCAACAACAUUCGUGUGAACUCGAUCAGCCCAGGAGUCAUUAUGUCGCCAAUGACGGAAGGGCUGAAAACCAUGUAUCCGGAGCUGCUGAAGAUGUUCGAGAAUGCCGCCCCCGCGAGACGGAUUGGAAUGCCGGCGGAUCUGACCCCUGCGGUUAUUUACCUGCUCAGCGACGCUGCUUCAUUCACGACGGGAGCUGAUCUGCCGAUCACUGGUGGCUUGCAUGCGGGUACUUCGAUGGAGUGGUUAGGCCAAUAG